GGCAGGGGAGUGCCUGCCUAAGUAGCCGGGCUCAGCAAACGCUCUUGCUGCCCGUGCACUCGAGGUGAAUCGCCGAGCAAACCAAGUCCCAGUUCCUUCGGGAAGGGAAGGUGGCCUCGCAGGAGUGGCCGGGUCGCCUGGGAGAGGGGUUUUCCAUCCAUCAGCUCGUCUUCAGCCAGCCAAAACCACGCUGGCACCCCCUGCUCUGUUCCAGGGGCCAUCAAAGGGAGUUUGUUCAAGCUGAUUUUGGAGAAACAGAUAGUUUUGACCUGACAACCUCUUCUUCUGCAGACCUCAGCCAUGCCCUUAGAUCCAGGUGGAAGAGCCACCCUUGGCAUUGUGCCUCAUGCGUGUGACUCAGAUGGAUUCUGCUUGUCUGAAAGAUUCCUCAAUAUAAGGGACUGCAUAAAAAUGACUCGGAGUGAACCGGUUCGGACCCCACUACCAAGAAGCCCAGGGCACUGAAGGACCAACGGGGUGCUGCUGGAUCCAUGGCGGAUCCAUUUCAAAUCUUAAACCUCGAUAUGAAGCCUGGGAACACCCUGAAGAUCAAAGGCAAAAUAUCUGUUGAUACUUCUGGCUUCAGCAUCAAUCUUGGCUCCAGCUUGAAAGAUCUGGCACUUCACUUCAAUCCCCGCUUCAAUGAGUCUGUCAUUGUCUGUAACUCCAAGUGCUCUGAUGUGUGGCAGAAAGAGCAUCGUGACAGCCACUUCUCUUUCUUCAGGGGCUGCACUGUCAAGUUCCUCAUUGAAAUGCUGACAGACAAAUUCCGUGUGAAACUACCAGAUGGGCAUGAAGUGUGUUUCCCCAACCGGCACAGCUACCGCAAGAUCAACUACAUGAACAUCAUGGGAGGCUUCAAGAUCACCUCCUUCAAGCUGAGCUGAUGGGUGCCACUUCCCAGCUCUAAUAAAAGACCAAGCCAGUGGAACACUGCUUGCUCCAU